CCUGCAGAAAUAUUUUGCCCUUGAACAUUAACAUUGUAUCAUUAUUGGGAUUUUAUCGUCAGGAUGCUUUUGCUGUUCUCUAGCCUUACGGUCGGUGUUUGCUUUAAUGCGUGUAUUUUAUAGCUUUCCAGAAAAGCCACGAAUAGAGCCAUGAAUAAAUAUUAAGCCUGUCAGCUUAAUAUUUCCUGGGAAGCGUGUCAGCUUGGCACACUGAUGUAUAUCUUAUAUGGCUUUGGCCCAUGGUGUGGAGACAGUGGCCCUUGUCACUCUCUGAAGUACGAUAUCUCUGCAGAUCACUGCGAGAUCCUGGGUCUUAAAAAUCCCAGUUUAUGAUGUACUGUAUAAAGGGAGCUCCAGUUGUAUUUUUGGUAACCGUAGCAACAUAUUUACAUGUUCGUGUAUUGCCAUUGGAUUUUGCCUUUUGACUAUUGUUUAUGCUGAAGGAUAUUAAUUGAGGUAGGACUUGACUGUUAGAUGGUGUCUGGUUUUUCUUCAGCUCUCAGUUCUAUUUAUUAAACCCUGCCGAAGAAGUAAUAUUUAUUUUACAAGCUACUUCAACUGCGUCUGUUAAACCUGUGUCAUUCCGACAGUAUUUGAAUCCAUUUAUCGAGGACUUGUAAGAAUAUUUGAGAAGUUUUUCUUGGCCUUGUGGGAUCAGCGUAUAGUGUGUGUGGUUUUGUGGUAAUGUGCUUAUCUUUGGUGUGUUGUUGGGUGCGUAUAUGAGUAAUACAGAGAAUUAGGUCGCAGUGGGGCAUCCCAAAUGUGUCAUGUGCGUGCUGAUAAGAGGAUUCCCAGUUGUGGGUGGAGCUCGGGGAAUGGGGUCCUUCUCAGAUAACACCCCCUCUGCACUGGGCAGAUACUGAAGGAGACCCUGGCUGCUUGUAAUGCAGUACGUGUCUCAAGAAGUUCGUUAGCCUCACUGCGUCCCCCCCGUUUCCCAACCCGCAGACUCAAAUUAUGUGUCACCUGGCAAUUUAGUUGGAUAAAUUCAUCAGCCACAACACCAUCUUUUAGCUUUUGUUGUUUUGUGGCAGGUUGUAUUUCACUGCCAUUGAGGUAUCUUUUGAGUGUGAACUCCAGACAAGAACUUAGAAGAAUUUAAAAGUUGUCAUGCCAUUGUUUACAGGUAACAGUCACUUCCAAAAUCUGCAGUGUAGCACCAACACACCAUCAUCAGUGGAGAUGCAUGGACUAGACCAUAUGUGGUAUUGUUCAGACAGUCACCUGUAGGGGACAACACUGAGAUGCUAGAAAGAUCUUGACUGAACUAUUUUAAAGCCAGGCCAAGUGGACAAUCAUCCAGUGAUUUCCUACUUUGAGACCUGUGUUGAAUUCUGAUCUAUAGAUUAGUUAAAGAUUAUUUGAUGUGGCUUGCUUUUUCUAUCCUGGAAAAAUAGCAGUUCACCCCAGAAUUUUAGAACUCUCAGUUUGUUGAUGGUAGGGAGUCCCAAGGAGAAGCGCAAUCGUCUCCGCUGAGGGAUAGCCCAGCCCUCUGCGCAAACCGAUAAGAAAGAGCGGUAAUAGCAUGCUAUGCAGAGAUACGGCUAUCGCAGUAACUAACUACGCUCACAAAUUCACACGUCUGUCAAUGCACUACACUGUCUCUAAAUGACUCCAGGACACUGCGUAGGCCUCCUUCAGAUGCUGCUCUUUGCCAUAGUUUUGAGAACCUACCCUGAAAUAAAUGUACCUUUUCAGGCUACACACCUAAAAACAGAUUCAGAGAAUGUUUACUGGUGUUUUAAUUCAUUUUGAAGUGAAAAUGAUUAAUUGUCACGACACCACAACAAAAUCAGCAGGGGACUGCUAAUUCAGCACCCAGAGAGUAGGGCUUGGGGGCAGUGCCUCAGUAGCCAGGGAUUCAAGCCAACGACCUUAUGAUCACAAACACACUUCCCUAACCAUUUGGCCAGCACUGCUCUGUUGGCCUGUGUUUCAGGUGCUGAGUCUCGCCUCUGUAGACCGUCGCACUAGCAGCCUGAAGACUGCGCCCUGCUGUAGUCAUGACCUCCACCACAGACUACGACAAUGUGGAGAUCACACAGCAGUACAGCCAUGUCAACAUGCGUUUUGAGCUCUCUGAUGAGGAGCUGGACAACGACCACUCUUCAGCUCGCCGCUUUGAGCGCUCGCGCAUCAAGGCCCUCGCAGAUGAGCGAGAGGCAGUCCAGAAGAAGACCUUUACAAAAUGGGUGAAUUCAAUCCUUUCACGAGUAAACUGCCGGAUCUCGGACUUGUACCACGAUCUGCGGGAUGGACGCAUGCUGAUCAAGCUACUGGAAGUGCUCUCCGGGGAGUAUCUGCCCAAGCCAACGAAAGGCCGCAUGCGCAUCCACUGCCUGGAGAACGUGGACAAAGCGCUGCAGUUCCUCAAGGAGCAGAGGGUGCACCUGGAGAACAUGGGCUCCCACGACAUCGUCGACGGCAACCACCGCCUCAUCCUGGGCCUGAUCUGGACCAUUAUCCUGCGUUUCCAGAUUCAGGACAUUGUGGUGCAGGCAGAUCACAAGGAAACGCGCUCAGCAAAGGACGCUCUGCUACUGUGGUGCCAGAUGAAGACAGCAGGAUACCCGAAUGUCAACAUCACCAACUUCACAACCAGCUGGAAAGAUGGAAUGGCAUUUAAUGCCCUAAUUCACAAACACAGGCCAGACAUAGUGGACUAUCCCAAACUCAAGGUCUCCAACCCCAUCCACAAUCUCCAGCAGGCCUUCAAUGUGGCAGAGCAGAAACUGGGAAUAACUAAACUUCUCGACCCAGAAGAUGUAUUUACUGAGAAUCCUGACGAGAAGUCCAUCAUCACCUAUGUUGUGGCUUUCUACCAUUAUUUCUCCAAGAUGAAAGCACUGGCAGUAGAAGGGAAGCGAGCAGGGAAGGUGCUUGACAGCGCAAUUGAGACAGAGAAAAUGAUUCACAAAUAUGAAAGUCUAACAUCUGAUCUUCUGACAUGGAUUGAGCAAACUAUAAUUGUUCUGAACAACCGCAAGCUUGCCAACUCUUUGACUGGUGUCCAGCAGCAGCUGCAAGCAUUCAAUUCAUAUCGCACAGUGGAAAAACCCCCAAAGUUCCAGGAGAAGGGCAACCUGGAGGUCUUGCUGUUCACCAUCCAGAGCCGCAUGAGGGCGAACAACCAGAGAGUUUACACGCCUCGAGAAGGAGCGCUGGUAGCUGACAUUAACAGGGCGUGGGAACGUUUGGAGCGAGCCGAGAAUGAACGGGAGCGGGUCCUGAGGGAUGAACUUAUCCGGCAAGAGAAACUGGAGCAGAUGGCAAGGCGUUUUGACAGGAAGGCAGCCAUGAGGGAGACCUGGCUAAUUGAGAACCAGCGGCUAGUGUCACAGGACAACUUUGGGUAUGACCUGCCUGCUGUGGAGGCAGCGAAGAAGAAGCACGAUGCGAUUGAGACAGACAUCAAAGCAUAUAAGGAACGGGUGCAGGGGCUGGUGGCCAUGUCCCUGGCCCUGGAGUCUGCCAACUACCACGAUACCAAGCGCAUUGAUGCACGCAAGGACAACAUCCUGCGACUUUGGGACUAUCUGCAGGAGCUUCUGAUUGCUAGGCGGGGACGUCUGGAGAAGAAUCUCACCUUACAGAAGAUAUUUCAGGAGAUGCUCCACAUCAUUAGUUGGAUGGAUGAAGUGAAGGCCCGUCUCCUCUCGCCAGAUUUUGGUAAGCAUUUGCUCGAAGUGGAGGACCUUCUGCAGAAGCAUGCACUUGUGGAAGCUGAUAUUGCCAUGCAGGCUGACAGAGUGAGUUCUGCCAGUGUGUCAGCUCUCAAGUUUGCCAAUGGAGACAGCUACAAGCCAUGUGACCCACAGGUAAUCCGAGACCGGGUACAACAUUUGGAAUUGUGUUAUCAAGAACUUUGUGCUCUUGCGACCCAGCGCAAAGCCCGUCUACAUCAAUCCAGACGUCUGUGGAACUUCUUUUGGGAAACGGCGGAGCUCGAGAGUUGGAUCAAAGAGAAGGAGCAUAUCUUCUCUUCAAUGGAUUAUGGCAAGGAUCUAACAAGUGUGCUGGUGCUCCAGAGUAAACAUAAUGCCUUUGAGGAUGAACUGGGAGCUAGACGUGCCCACCUGCAGCAGGUCAUGGAUGAAGGAGACAAGAUGGUCCAGGCUAGGCACUUUGGGACACCUGGAAUCCAGCAACGUAUGGCAGAUGUGCACAGACAAUGGCAAGAACUAGAAGACUUGGCUGCAUUCCGGAAAAGAAAUCUCCAGGACACACAGAAAUUCUUCCAGAUCCAAGGUGACGCAGAUGACCUCAAGACGUGUCUACUAGAUAGUCGGAGGCAAAUGAUGAGUAGCGAUCUAGGUCAUGAUGAGUAUACCACCCAGAGGCUGUUUCGGAAACACCGAAACCUACAGGAUGAGUUGGCAAAGAAUGCUGCUACUAUUGAUGCACUUUUUAAGCAGGCUAACAGCCUUCCAGAGGAACUACGAAACACACCGGAUAUCCAGAGACGACUGACAGAUAUCCGGGACCUGUACAUGGAGCUCCUUUCACUGUCUGAUCUACGCAAGAAAAAGCUAGAAGAUGCCAUGGCUUUGUACACCAUCUUCAGUGAGUCAGAUGCUUGUGAGCUUUGGAUGAGUCAGAAGGAGACAUGGCUGGUGGGACUGGAGACCCCAGAGAAGCUGGAAGAUCUUGAAGUUGUGCAAAACAGAUUGAGUAUCCUUGCUCAAGAGAUGGGGAAUGUCCAGUCACGUGUAGAUGAUGUAAAUAAUGCUGCCAAGCUGUUGGAAGACAGCAGACACCCCAGCAUGAAGGAGGUCAAGCAAAGCCAGGUGCAUCUCAAUAAGAGGUGGGAUGCCUUCAAAGGAAUGGUAGAGGACAAGAAACACAAAGUGGACUCUGCCCUUAGCCUCCACAACUAUGGAUUAGAAUGUGAUGAGACAAAAGCCUGGAUCAAAGACAAGACACGUGUCAUUGAGUCCACACAGGACCUUGGCAAUGACCUUGCUGCAGUGAUGACCAUCCAAAGGAAGCUGUAUGGGAUGGAAAGGGACUUAGCAGCCAUUGAAGACAAGCUUGCCUUCCUGCAGGGUGAAGCCAGCUUGCUAGCCAAGGAUCACCCUGAGAAUGCAGACGACAUUUUCAGCAGACUGCGAACAUUGGGCCAAGCUUGGGAUGAGCUGAAGGCUACACUGAAGGCCCGGGAAGAGUCACUGGGUGAAGUUAGCAAACUGCAGACCUUCCUGCAGGAUUUGGACGACUUCCAGUCUUGGCUGUUUAAGACUCAGAAGGCAACAGCGUCAGACGAAAUGCCAACCACACUUCCAGAGGCGGAGCAGCUGUUGGAUUUACAUGCAGCUGUACAAACUGAUAUGUACAAUCAUGAGGAAGAUUACCACCGUUUAAAAGACACAGGGAUCGCAGUGACCCAGGAUAAGACAGAUCCACAAUACCAACAGCUGGAGCAGAGGCUGAAGGGCUUGGAUACUGGCUGGGGGGAACUGCAUAAAAUAUGGGACAGUCGCAAGAACUUUCUGGAUCAGGGCUUGGGCUUUCAGCAGUUUAUGAGGGAUGCCAAGCAGUCUGAGACCAUCCUUAACAAUCAGGAGUACACACUGGCCCACGCAGAGCAUCCAGACACCCUUGAUGGAGCAGAGCAAGUUCUUCGAAAGCAUGAGGACUUCGUUACCACGAUGGACGCAAACAGAGAAAAGAUCUUGAACACUUUGGAAGGUGGACAAAAAUUAGUGGAGAGUGGAAACCUCUAUUCUGAGAGAAUCAAAAACAAGAUGGAAUCUAUUGAGGACAGAUACAACACAAACCAGGGGAAGGCUAGGGAGGUGUCCCAGAAGCUGAAGGACAAUCGUGAUCUUCAGCACUUUCUGCAGAACACUCAGGAUCUCACACUGUGGAUUAACGAGAAGAUGCUGACCGCUCAGGACGCCUCGUACGACGAAGCGAGGAACCUCCACGGCAAAUGGCAGAAACACCAGGCCUUCAUGGCGGAACUGGCGUCCAACAAGGACUGGCUAAACAAAAUUGAUCAGGAGGGGCACGAACUGAUGCAGGCAAAGCCAGAGUUUGAGCCUGUGGUGAAGGAGCGCCUCUUAAAACUGCACAAGCUAUGGAACGAACUGGAAUGCACUACGCAGGAAAAGGCCCGUCUCCUGUUUGACGCCAAUCGAUCUGAGCUUUUCGACCAGAGCCUGUCGGACCUUAAGGAUUGGUUGACAGUCCUGCAGCAGCAGCUGCAAGGCGAUGAGGAUGUUAAGGAUCUGAUCAGUGCCAACAUCUUGCUCAAGAAGCAUCAGAUGACAGAGAACCAGAUAAGGGACAGAGGACGUGAGCUGGAGGAGCUACAGGAGGCAGUGCAGAGCAUGAGAGAGGAUCGUCCUGGGAUGGAAGUGGAGCUGCAGACCCUGCAGCAGCAGUUCCAGCAUGUCCUCACCCCACUGGCAGAGCGGCGGGGGAAGCUGGAAGCUUCCAAGACUGUCCAUCAGUUCUUCCGGGACUUAGCUGACGAGAUCCUAUGGGUGGAAGAGAGGUUGCCGUUAGCAAUGUCAGAAGAACAUGGAAACAAUCUCCAGUCAGUCCAGAUGCUUCUCAAGAAAAACCAGACCUUACAGAAGGAGAUUGAUGGCCACCAACCACGGAUUGACGAGAUCCUGGAACGUGGUUCGCGCAUGAUGGCAGCGGAGAGCCCCAAGCCUGUGAGGAUUGAGGAGCAAAUGAAGGAGCUGCAGGACGUGUGGACACGACUGCAGGAGGAGACCAACAAACGCAGAGACCGGCUGAACGCCGCCAAGCUGGCCCAGCAGUACUAUAACGACGCAGAUGAAGCAGAGGCCUGGAUUGGAGAGCAGGAGCUCUACAUGAUUGCUGAUGAGAUGGCCAAGGAUGAGCAGAAUGCAACGUUAUUGCUGAAGAGGCACUCGACCCUGAAGCAGAAUGUGGACGAAUAUGCGGAGUCCAUCCAGCAGCUCGCUGACCGGGCCCAGAAGAUGCUAGCUGAGGAUCAUCCGGAUGGGGAGGCUAUUAUUCGACGGCAAGGUCAAGUGGAUAAGCAGUAUGCCAGUCUAAAGGACUUAGCCGAAGAACGCAAGAAAAAACUAGACCAUACCUGUCACCACUUCCAGUUGUGCCGGGAAGUAGAGGACCUGGAGCAAUGGAUUGCAGAGCGUGAGGUGGUGGCAUCGUCACAGGAGAUGGGCCAGGAUUUGGACCAUGUUACGAUCCUGCGUGAUAAGUUCCGGGAAUUUGCUCGCGAAACUGGGACUCAUGGCCAGGAGCGAGUCGAUGCUUUCAAUCAGAUUAUCGACGUGCUGAUUGAAGCUGGUCACAGUGAAGCAGCUACCAUGGCUGAGUGGAAGGACAGUAUCAAUGAGAGUUGGGCGGACUUGCUGGAACUAAUCGACACCCGUGCCCAGCUUCUCACUGCCUCUUAUGACCUGCUGAAGUACUUCUACGAUGGAAAGGAACUCGUGGCCCAGAUCCGGGAGAAGCAAACUCAGCUGCCUGAUGACGUGGGUGAGGAUUUCAGCAAGGCUGAGUCCUUCCAUCGCAUGCACGCUGCCUUCGAGAGGGAUAUCAGUACCCUGGGAAAGCAGGUCCAGCAGUUCCAGGAGACAGCGACCCGGCUACGUGCCCAGUAUGCAGGGGAACAGGCUACUGCCAUCCAGAACAUAGAACAGGAGGUGGUGGAAGCCUGGAAGACCCUGCUUGAUGCCUGCGAUGGGCGGCGGUCCCACCUGCUGGACACGGCCGACAAGUUCCGUUUCUUCACUACGGUGAGGGACCUGCUGGCCUGGAUGGAGAGCAUCAUCCAGCAGAUUGAGACGCAAGAGAAACCCCGGGAUGUCUCCUCGGUGGAACUAUUGAUGAAGUACCACCAGAUAAUCCGCUCAGAGAUCGACACCAGAAACCCCAAAUAUAAUGCCUGUGUCGAGCUGGGAUGUUCCCUUCUGGCACGGCAGCAUCGAGACUCUGCCGAGAUCCGAGAUAAACUGGAUCAGCUACUAGAAAAGAAUAAAGAGAUGAUGACAAAGUGGGAUGAGAGAUGGGACUGGCUCAGACUCUUGCUGGAAGUGUGCCAGUUUGCACGAGAUGCCUCUGUGGCAGAGGCAUGGCUGGUUGCACAGGAGCCAUAUGUAGUGAGUAAGGAGGUCGGCCAGACAGUUGACGAAGUGGAGAAGUUGUUAAAGAGACAUGAGGCCUUCGAAAAGUCCUCCGCCACCUGGGAGGAGCGUUUCGCUGCGUUGGAACGCCUCACCACGCUGGAACUGCUGGAGCUAAGGAAACAGCAGCUAGACAUGCAGACCCAGCUGCAGGACAGCAGGAGAGAAGACACAGGGUUUGUGGAGGAAUCCUCUCAGAUGGUUACUGUGGAGGAGCCAUCUUUGUCUGCCCCGGCGGCUGUAGAACCCACCCCCAGCCAGUUGGAGGCAUCUGCUGAGGAGCUGACAGCAGCAGUGGCUUUGGAGGUCGAUGAGAGCAGCCCUGAAGAAGACCUUCAGAAGCUGACCAAGGAGACCAAGGAGGCAGCCACGCUCCCCAUGGGGGCCCCGAGAGGCCAGGCUGUGCUUUUGGAGGGGACCCUGGGCCGCAAGCAUGAACUGGAGGCAACUGGAAAGAAAGCUUCCAACAGGUCCUGGAACAACUUGUACUGUGUGCUGAAGCCGGGACAGCUGUCAGUCUACAAGGAUGUUAAGAGCUUUGGUGGUGGUGUCACCUACCAUGGAGAAGAACCCCUGAUCCUUAGCAACGCCAUUUGCGAGGUUCUUACCAGUUACAAGAAGAAGAAGCUGGUAUUCAAGCUGCGUUUAGCAGAUGGGAGCGAGUAUCUGUUUCAGUGUAAAGAUGAGGAAGAUCUCCUGAAUUGGACCCAGGAGAUGGAAGGAGCAGCGAAGCCUCAGGAAGAGGAUGAGGGCCCAGGGCCAUCAGAUGCGCCGACGGGCAGCCUGCCCAUUUCUUCUUCCUCCACACUCCAGGAACCCAGCUCUGACAAAAAAGACAAGGAGAAGAGAUUUCGCCUGUUCGCUAAAAAGAAAUGAGAUGAGAUGUUCAUACAAUGGCCUGGUCACCCAAGAAGACAUCUGGGUAUCUGGGCAGCAAAAGACAAAAAAGCUGCUCAUCCCCAGGUUAUUCGUUUCCCCGUUCUGCCCCGACCUUUAUUCAUGGUAACAAUUAUAAAGCUUUAAGAAAACAAAAAUGGCAUUAAUUGGGAAUGAAUAGCACGCUAUUCCUGUCUGCACUGAGGUAUGACUGAUGCUGUGGUCCACCUGAUAUUUAUUUUUUAAUUAAAUGCAGUAAUUUAACCAAAAAAUAUGUAUUAACCAAAGAAUGUUUAUAGAUUUUUCUUGUUUUAUUCUGCUUCAGUUUUAUUUUGGCAUGCUUCAAAUUGUUUAUAAUAUGUGUCACAAAUUUAGGACAUUUUGUUUAGCUGAUUUUCAUUCUUCAUAUAAAGAAAUGGUUGUGAAUUAUAAUACUGUGCAGCUGGCAACAGAAUAUUUUAUUACAGCCUGGGAGGUGGCUGAGGUUUAGUUUUGUAUGUGCUGGUUUUAAUUGGGUGGUAUAGUUUUGCUGAUGGAGAGCUGACCCUGAAGCUGUGUAGUACUGUAUACUACAGCCAUAAACAUGUAAGGUAAUGCAGGUGGCUAGGCUACUCACACUACCGAAACUGAGAAUCACACUGUGAUGCUGAGAUGAUGCUGUUUUAAAACUGCAUCAUGAAAGAUACCAAAUAAUGCCAUAAAUUAAAUUACUAAAACCAAAUAAGGAUUUCGACAGCAAUUGAAAUAAAUCCAUAACUAGAUCGUGCUUUUUUUAAGACAUUAAAUACAGCACUCCUAUUUUUGGGGAUAAAAACUGUGUAUGCUUUGUCAAAUAUGGUGCUAUUUUUCGACGCUAAGAAAGUCAAAAUCCUGUUUCCAGAGUGACAUCUCUUUGGUUUUCGGUUGACACUUUGCUUCAAAGCACCAACCCAGGCCUCUCCGUUAACCCGUAUCUCAGAGAAAUUAAACAGUAUGCAAAGCAAACUGGAUGUGAAGGUAACCUUGUAAAAGAGCUUUAAAAGGAAGGGAUGGAUGGAUGGAUGUGUGACACUUUGUACAUCUAGUAUCUAUUUUCCAAAAUGUGAUUUUAAUGCUUGCACACGUAAAUAUUAUUUCUAUGCUGAGUGAAACCAUGCAGUGCAAAUUUGCUUUUAGUCAGAUUGAAAUAUAUAGAAAUAUAUAUAAGGAAAUGCAUUUUUAUUCGUUUUGUUGUAUUUAUAAUUAUUUGCAAACCAAAGUAUAGCUGAUUUAUUUUUCAGUUGUGUAAGGCAGUUGUGUCUAUCCGGUGUUCCCAUUUCAUCACUAUAGUCGCCUUACUUCACUGUCACAAAAUACUAUCGCUACCAAUGUAUUUAAGCACACUGUCAAGCCUUUAGAUUUUCUUAGGCAUGCAUAAAGAUCAGUACAUUUUUGAUGCCUUCAGCCAUUUUAUUUGCAUAUCUUUUCUUUGCAUAAGCUAAUGAUAUUUUUAUUAGUAUUUUAUACUCUGUAGUUAGCAACAGACACUGGUCUGGCAUUUUGAGAACUGCACCUGAAGCAGAAACAAUAAAACAAUCACUUGGGAGUAA